AUGAAUUGAAACUCGAGUACGAGGCUGCUCGCUGAUUGUUACUGACGAACUUGGUAUUAAGAUGGGAUGGUUAAUACCCUUGUUGCUGACUUUGAGCGUCGCUUUGAUGCUUGGACAAAAUUUGGCCUCCGAACAAGACAUAAAGAGUCGAGAAGAAUUCGAGGCCGAAUUGCAAGUAGAAGCGUUGAAAGUACUCAAACAGCACAUGGACGAAAUGUCCCAAGUACCUCAGAUUUCGUCUUAUGCUGCGCCACAAAGAUUCAUGCGAUCCUUUAUUCCGGGGACAGGCGUUGGGAACAGAGAAGAACUCGUUAUAGACAGUAUCAAGCAAAUACCAGCGUUCCAAGAAGAAACCUACACUCAAUGGCGUUACAAGAGAUUCAACAAUACGGAUUAUAUUCUGGGCCUGAAUGAACGCAAAGUGAUUCUCAACAAGCUCGAUUCUACCAACUUGGAAUAUUUUACCUUUGCUAAUGACAAUGUCAUCUUUAAUUUCAUUGCAGAUCCAUGGAGUACUGUGAAAGAUGUAACCAUUUUCACUCGAGUCAUUAAACGAUCCGCAGCACUUUAUGUAGCUAUCCUUACGGAAGCACCGAGGGCGAGCCUGGUUAACAUUUAUGAAAUCAUUGGAGAAAGAGGCAUACCAGUAGGCCUAAUUGAUCUUGGCAUUAGUCCAUCGAGUGUCCCAAACGAAGCAAAAAAGAUAGCCUUUGUUGAAUCCGAAUUUGGAUCAUCGCUAGUGGUUUUGAUUGAUACUCUAGAAGAAGCACGAAUAAUCUCCCAACAAAAAGGAAGCAGCGAACUAAAUCACUACUUGGAGGUUCACUAUCCCUCUGCAGUUGACUUAGUAACUUUCACAGUCCAUGGUAAUGGUUACCUGGCUGUCGCCAGUGACACUUCUUGCGAAAUUUUCAAGCUGGAUAAAAACGCUCAAAACAGUCGACAGUUUGACAGAAUAGCUCCACGUGUUGAUCUAGUGGACCUCGAGUACUUCCGGCUAGGAUUCCAUCACUAUCUGGCCGUUUCUGGUAGAAAUGAGCAAUAUCUUUAUAUAUGGAAAAGCGGAGAAUUUGCGCUGAAACAAGUUUUACACGAGCAGAAUGUGGGACAACUAUACUCCGCGACUUUGCCCACUUGUCGAGAUGACGUCAUCGUAUUUGUAAUUAGAGAUGUUUCAGUUGGGAUAUACGUUUAUGAUGGCAAAAUAGAUAACUUUGUGUUAUCAAAUGCAGAUAUCCCGUCAACAUUUCUCGUUUCUCCUGGUUCGAUUACUUCAUUCACGAACAAAAAUAAAGUAGAACUUGUAUUCAAAGGCUAUGAUAAUCUGGUAGCUUUCAUUAUAGAAACAAGCUUGAAGCCUACUGAAAAUCCCUUCCUUGUCGCUGGUGAAAAUGUUUCAAAUUACAUGAAAAAAUUACAGCAAAUAUUGGAAGAACAAGCUAAGCAGCUUCAAGACAUUAAAAACAUUUUAAGCAAUGCUGUUAGAACUACUGGGGAUCAAUACAUCACAGCCUAUCAAAAAUUUGAUAAUCUGCACGCCAAUGAAGGAGCCGUUGUUAAGAACAUUGAAGAAAUAAUUUAUGUCGAAUGGGAUAACACUGAUCUGACUUUGGAACAAUAUAAAAUUGGAACUGCAGACUUGGAGAAGAAAGUUACAGAUCUUGAAAAGUUAGUUGAAGAUAUGGAGAAGAUUAUACCAGAUGUUGUUCGCAUUGAUGAAGAUGCUGAAAUAACUGGUGCUAAAACAUUCUUGGGAGAUGUUUCAGGAUUGUCAAUCUUGGCAGACUCCGUAUACCUUCAAAAUGUGGCAGGAAUAAAUGUUCCACAGCUUCAAAAGGAAAUCUACAGGCUUGAUAAACCUCAGCGAAUCUCGGGAACCCUCAUUUUUGAGCAGCCUUUGACAAUUAAAGGUCAUUUAGAGAUUGAAGGAACUGUAAAUGGAAUUGACAUCAGCAGAGAUGUCAUGACCACAAAUACUGAGCAGACUUCAUAUGCUAAUAUGAUUUUCAAGAACAAGGUGGUUGUUCAAGGCGAUUUGAGCAUUUCUGGUAAGCUUAAUGAUAUAGAUGUAUCAACAGAAGUUGUCACUCUGAGUGGAACCCACAACAUCACUGGACGAAAAAGCUUUCAGAAUGGAAUAAUAGCUGGAAAUGUGGAGACCAGUCUUCUGGAUGGAGUAGAUAUAAACGAAUUGUACGGCAAAGCUUUAACAAAAAGUGGAGACCAGAUAAUUUAUGGUACAAAGACUUUCAGUGGUGGUUUGGUGACAAACAAUAUAAUCCUAGAUGGCUUACUAAAUGAACUCAACAUUGUAGAUUUGGCUAAUAAUAUUGUAAGAGUGGAUCGACCAGCACAUAUUACAGGAACCAAAAUAUUCUUUGAGGAUGUCCACGUGCAUGGCGCUCUUUCUGUGAAAGGGACAGUAAAUGGUCUAAAAAUUCCUGACGACUUGUUCCUCACUGACGAAUUCCAGACAGUUACUGGGGAAAAGAAAUUUACUGGAGUUGUUACUGCCCAUAAUGUCGUUGUAGAGGGUACAGUUGAUGAUCUUGACAUUCCUAGGGACGUCGUUACUUUAUCUGGCGAUGAAGAAGUAUCUUCGACUUUAUAUUUUACGGAAGGAAUCAACGUUGAUAACGAUAUAAUAGUACAUGGCUUAGUAGAUGGAGUUGAUAUAGCUGAAGUCGCGAAACAAGCUUUGAAAAUAAACGAAACGAGAACUUUUAAGGAUGCCAUUUUCUAUGGCCCUGUGACAAUUGCAGAUAGCUUGAAAGUCGGUGGCACUGUGAAUGGAAUAGAUCUCGAUGCAAUCGUGAAAGAUAUAAUCUUCAAAGGUGAUAAAGUCGCUGUAGAAUCUGAAAAGCAUUUCAAAAAAGUGGUCGCCGAUACCGUUCAUCUUGAACAUAUGAUCAAUGGUUACAAUAUUUCAGCAGAUUUCAUGAAAGCUAACGGGGAACAAAAUAUAACGGGCACCAAAGUUUUUAGGCAACCAGUUAUCUUCAAAUCUCUGACUACAAGCGACGGAAUGCUUGGAAAAUUCAACGUUACCAAAUUUAUGGAGCAUCGUAUUUAUCUCCAAAUCGAAGACGACCCUGUUGAUGUAGAAUUUUCAGAUGACGUCAUUGUUGAAGGCAAUCUGCAAGUCCACGGUACAGUUGGAGGUUUAAAUAUACCACAAGAUGUGGUACUGAAGAACUCCACUACUUCUAUCUCAAAUAAAAUCUUUACUAACAAAGUAACGGUUGACAAUCUCAUCGUCAGGAACAAUGCGGACAUUUCUGGAACAUUCGGCGGUAUUGACUUGGUUGAGUUUUAUAAUAACAGAGUAACUUUGUCUGGAGAGGAUGUUAUAGAAGGUGAUGUGUGGUUGGGAAACACCACUAUUCAAACAGUUGAACUUUCUGGUUUGGUGAAUGAAAUUGAUAUUGAAAAAUUUGCAAGUAACGUUAUGUCAAAGACAAAACCGCAGGAAAUUCUUGCAGAGAAGAUUUUCACAGGAGAGGUCAUUGUUCAUGGACCGAUAACCACGAAAGAAGGUAUUAAUGGAGUCAAUUUGGCAGACAUGAAUAACAGAGCUUUUAAGCUUCGUGGUGACAAUUACGUUACGAAAGCCCUUGAAUUCGAAGACGUGACGGUGCAAAACAUACACGUAGCUGGCUUAAUUAAUGGCUUGAACUUGACUUAUAUAGCUGAGGACAGCCUGAAGAAAACUGGCCCUCAGGUUGUAACUGGCAAGACUACUUUUGAAGCUGGCUUUCAAGUGGAUGGUGACAUUGAUGCCGAUACUGUAAAUGAUUUGAACAUACCACGCGAUAUUCUGCUGAAAUCCAUUCCUCAAGCUAUUACAGGUAAAUUUACAAUUCAAACUCUGAAUGUUGCCGGUGAUGUGGUUAUUGAUGGGUUGGUGAAUGGUUUGGAUCUGUCGGAAAUAGCCCAGAAUAUUGCACAAACAGGGCAGGACACUGUUAUAGAUUCCAAUGUGACAUUCGCCGAACCUAUUCAUGUAUAUGAGGAUGUGAAUGUAACCGGUGUUGUCAACGGAAUAGACUUGAAUCGAAUAUCGGAAACUAUUCUUCUGAAGGAAGGCGAUCAAAUUAUCACCGGUAGUAAAGUCCUUAAAGGUAAUGUCACAAUCCGAGGCAAUUUUGAAGUUGAUUAUGUGAAUGAUCACCACUGGAAAAGGUUUUUGGAUGACAUAGUUCGUAUAGAUAUACCACAGGUUAUUCGAGCACCUAAAACUUUCACCAUGGAUACAGAGAUCAACACGGUCGUUGCAGAAAAAGCAAAUGCUGCUCUGAUAAACGGCAGAAGUUUAGAAGAAUUUUUAAAUGAUGCAGUAUUCAUAGAUGUUCCAGCUCGUAUUACAGGCCAUAAAGAAUUCAGGAGGGACGUAAAGAUAGAAGGUAAUCUUAAUGCUGAGCUUAUCAAUGGACUAAAUUUAGAAAAAGAUGUUAUCACCCUUGCCUGCAUUUUUAAUCCUUGUCCUCAAAUUAUCACUGGAGAAAAAACAUUUGACAAAUUAACAAUUCAUGGCAAUGUGCAUGUUCCUGGAACAGUAAAUACGUAUAAUUUAUUCGACUUGUACCAGGAUACUUUACUUCAGGAAGGCGAUCAAACUGUUUAUGGAACAAAAACAAUUAAAGAAGUCCAUUUUCUCGGCAAUGUAUAUCCGCAAACUGUCAAUGGUAUGAAAUUGCAGAGAGAUCUAGUUACUUUGCAUACUGAUCAAGAGAUCGAAGGCCCAAUUGUUUUCGAGGGGAAUGUGAUUGUGGAAAAUAAUGCAUCUGUAGGAGGAUUGAUAAAUGGAAUUAAUUUAACUAAACUGGCCGAGGAAGCUGUCUACCUGAACACGAACGAUACGAUUGAAGGCUCUUAUAACUUCCGAACCGUUAAAGUGGAUGCUGAUGUUCACGUCGAAGGGUUUGUAAAUGGCAUUGAUCUUCCAUUAUUUGAUAGACAAGUCGAUGGUUUCUGGCUGGAUGCUGUACAGUCUCUUGAGAUAAUGGACAGACAUUCGGACGACAGCUGUGAAUUGACAGAUUACUUGCAGGAUGUCCUAUCAAAAUCCUAUUAUAUACUGGAUGGGUUGAAUCUGCAUCAAGAUUUUGGAUAUCCAGCAAGUUUCCUCCAAAUAAAGUCUUCGAAAGAAAUAAAUUUGGUUAAACUCGACGAUCUGGCAACAAGUGCUACCGCUAUUCGACAAUUAUGGAACUCGUCAAUAAGUGGUUUCAACACCAUAAGCGAACAAAUAACUAGCAUUCGGAAAUACAUAAUUAAGAAAGUUGGCAACGUAGAAGUCUCCAUUAAUAUUGGUAUACAAGAUAAAGAUUCUUUUGUGAGUAUUGGAGGUGAAGCCUUGAGUAUUCCUGGAGGUUUUAAAGAGGCAUCCAUUUGGAUAAAAGGACAUGAAGCUAUCAUAGCUAUCUUAUUCCCUACAAAAGGAAUAUGCGACUUCUAUAGAAUAAUCGCCAACAAUGCUCUAGAAUCUCCUGCUUUAGAGAAUUACGGCACUGUAAAUGUAGGAAAAGAUGCAACUUCAGUCGCAGUGUUUAUGAUCAGAAACGAAACAUAUCUAGCAGUCUCCGUUCUCUCGGAUGCUCACUUCAGUAAAGGAUUCAGCAAGAUCUACAAGAAAGAGGAUGAGGAUUGGCAGCGCGUGCAGAAUAUCGCAGCAAGUGCCAGUAAUCAUGUAAAACACUUCUUCUAUCACGGUUUUCACUAUUUGGUUUUCACUAAUAACGCUCCUAUUCAUGAAACACGAGAGCCUAAAUCAAUUCAGGUGUACCGCAACUCUGGAUACAGCGAGCAAUGGUUCACCCUAUUCCAAAAAGUUCCUUUCGAUGACACCAAGGGUCUGGAAACAUUCGAAUUCGGUGACUUAUCCGAGCUUUACCUAGUCGCUUGGAAUGAGACAAGAAUACAAGUGUUCAGAUUAGAAGGUGAAUCUGGUCUAAGAACUAGCUUCACUUUACACGGAAAAUGCAUCAAAGAUGUUCAAGUCCUACCGAUAGAUGCUGAUGUUUAUUUAGCUGUAGGUCAGCAAAACCUAAACGGUGAAUCAGUUUCAUCACUACUAUACAAAGGCAUAACUAAAGGUAUAAAAUACGAGCCUCGUAAUUUAGAACAUUGUUAAAGAAUAAGGUGGCUGGUCCAUUCUUUUUAACUUCAACGAAAAUUUGUUUUGACAUAUUAACGAUUCGGUUAAAUUUUAUGUUGUAUUAAAA